AUGUCAGAUGAAGGUAAGUACUUGUAAUUGCGUCCAUUAGAGACUCCUUUGUGUGCAUAUAUUGUUGGAGAUCGCCGGGAUCUUCUGGGAUAUGAGAGCGAAGGCGGAUCCACAUUAUCCUUGAGGAGUAAAAUACAGAAGCAGGAUGUUGUACUUGUUCGAAAACAAGUUUUGGUUUUCGGAGGGAUUUCGCCUAGUCCGAUGGAUGCAGAAAACUUAUUGAUCUCUUUGAUUGGCCAUUAAAAAAUUCGGUUUAUCAAAUUUUGCCAAUAUUUUGAAUUUUGUUUUCUCGCCAUGAUUGGCAUUUUAUUGCAAGCCAUUGGUCAAAAGUCAAAUGGCCAUUGACUUUUGAUUCUAAUAGACCCUAUAGGGCCUACCUUGCGUAAUAUUUUUUAUUUUCAGUAGAUACGGAUUCCUGUGUGACCGCGCUUUCUGGCUAUGUUUUUCAACCCAAACUGUCUGUUUCUCUGGCCUCUCUCUCCGUCUCCACUGUCUCCGUGGACUCUGUCUUUCCCUCUAGUGGAGAUAUGAUCCCAGAACUUUCUGACGGUGAUCUCCUAUCUGUUAAUGAUCCGUUCUCAUCUGAUCAGUCCACCUUCUCCUUGACCUCGUUGAAUUCAUCCCUUUUCAAUGACGUCACUUCAUUCGAGGAAAGCAGUAUGACCAAAGACAAGAAUUUUGAUGAUAGCAGCUGUGGAAGUAGCUGUGCUUGUAAGUUUAGGCCUUAUUAUCAAGGAAUAACGAUUUGCUUUCAGCUGCGACCCCUUCUUUUCACACUUCCGAUAUUCAGACUCGAUUUGACGAUGACUUUUCCUAUGAAUACGAUGAAAGUUUUGUUGAAUCUGAAGAGGAAGAUGACAGUGGAUUGAAGACUGGUAUCGAGUAUGAAAAUGACGAUGAGAUCUGGUGUUUGGAGACUGGCUUUGAGAUGAGUGACCCAAACAAGUCGAUCGGAGUUUACACUGCCAUCGACAGAGAUGAUAUUAGAUUGUAA